AUGGCCUUCUGCGAGGUGUCCCAGGACCAGUCGGCUGGAACUCCUGCUGCGGCAGGUGACUUCGGAUUCAAGGUGCUCACCGCAUCCGACCCAGAGGCCAAGAAAACUAAGCUUGCAGCCGAGCUCGCGAACGGUCGCCUGGCCAUGAUGGCCAUCAUCGGCAUGUUCUUUCAGGAUGGCUUGACCGGAAGCGCCUGGGGUGACUGGGCCAACUACACCGCUUCUCCUCUGCGAGCUUUCGAGAACGAGCUCGGCGUGCAGGCACCAGUCGGAUUUUGGGAUCCCGCUGGCUUUACCGCGGAUGGCAGCACCGAGAACUUUGCACGCAGGCGCCAGACGGAGUUGAAGCAUGGCAGGAUUUCCAUGCUGGCAACCAUGGGCUAUAUUACUCCUGAGAUCACGGGAAAAUUCCCGGGCUAUCUGAGCCCUUCCGCAGGCUUGAAGUUCGCGGAUGUCCCUAACGGACUUGCGGCAAUUUCCAAGGUGCCCGCUGCGGGCUGGGGUCAGAUCUUGGCUUACAUGGCCUUCUGCGAGGUGUCCCAGGACCAGUCGGCUGGAACUCCUGCUGCGGCAGGUGACUUCGGAUUCAAGGUGCUCACCGCAUCCGACCCGGAGGCCAAGAAAACUAAGCUUGCAGCCGAGCUCGCGAACGGUCGCCUGGCCAUGAUGGCCAUCAUCGGCAUGUUCUUUCAGGAUGGCUUGACCGGAAGCGCCUGGGGUGACUGGGCCAACUACACCGCUUCUCCUCUGCGAGCUUUCGAGAACGAGCUCGGCGUGCAGGCACCAGUCGGAUUUUGGGAUCCCGCUGGCUUUACCGCGGACGGCAGCACCGAGAACUUUGCACGCAGGCGCCAGACGGAGUUGAAGCAUGGCAGGAUUUCCAUGCUGGCAACCAUGGGCUAUAUCACUCCUGAGAUCACGGGAAAAUUCCCGGGCUAUCUGAGCCCUUCCGCAGGCUUGAAGUUCGCGGAUGUCCCUAACGGACUUGCGGCAAUUUCCAAGGUGCCCGCUGCGGGCUGGGGUCAGAUCUUGGCUUACAUGGCCUUCUGCGAGGUGUCCCAGGACCAGUCGGCUGGAACUCCUGCUGCGGCAGGUGACUUCGGAUUCAAGGUGCUCACCGCAUCCGACCCGGAGGCCAAGAAAACUAAGCUUGCAGCCGAGCUCGCGAACGGUCGCCUGGCCAUGAUGGCCAUCAUCGGCAUGUUCUUUCAGGAUGGCUUGACCGGAAGCGCCUGGGGUGACUGGGCCAACUACACCGCUUCUCCUCUGCGAGCUUUCGAGAACGAGCUCGGCGUGCAGGCACCAGUCGGAUUUUGGGAUCCCGCUGGCUUUACCGCGGACGGCAGCACCGAGAACUUUGCACGCAGGCGCCAGACGGAGUUGAAGCAUGGCAGGAUUUCCAUGCUGGCAACCAUGGGCUAUAUUACUCCUGAGAUCACGGGAAAAUUCCCGGGCUAUCUGAGCCCUUCCGCAGGCUUGAAGUUCGCUGAUGUCCCGAAUGGACUUGCGGCAAUUUCCAAGGUGCCCGCUGCGGGCUGGGGUCAGAUCUUGGCUUACAUGGCCUUCUGCGAGGUGUCCCAGGACCAGUCGGCUGGAACUCCUGCUGCGGCAGGUGACUUCGGAUUCAAGGUGCUCACCGCAUCCGACCCAGAGGCCAAGAAAACAAAGCUUGCGGCCGAGCUCGCGAACGGUCGCCUGGCCAUGAUGGCCAUCAUCGGCAUGUUCUUUCAGGAUGGCUUGACUGGAAGCGCCUGGGGUGACUGGGCCAACUACACCGCUUCUCCUCUGCGAGCUUUCGAGAACGAGCUCGGCGUGCAGGCACCAGUCGGAUUUUGGGAUCCCGCCGGUUUUACCGCGGACGGCAGCACCGAGAACUUUGCACGCAGGCGCCAGACGGAGUUGAAGCAUGGCAGGAUUUCCAUGCUGGCCACCAUGGGCUAUAUUACUCCUGAGAUCACGGGAAAAUUCCCGGGCUAUCUGAGCCCUUCCGCAGGCUUGAAGUUCGCGGAUGUCCCGAAUGGACUUGCGGCAAUUUCCAAGGUGCCGGCUGCGGGCUGGGGUCAGAUCUUGGCUUACAUGGCCUUCUGCGAGGUGUCCCAGGACCAGUCGGCUGGAACUCCUGCUGCGGCAGGUGACUUCGGAUUCAAGGUGCUCACCGCAUCCGACCCAGAGGCCAAGAAAACUAAGCUUGCAGCCGAGCUCGCGAACGGUCGCCUGGCCAUGAUGGCCAUCAUCGGCAUGUUCUUUCAGGAUGGCUUGACUGGAAGCGCCUGGGGUGACUGGGCCAACUACACUGCUUCUCCUCUGCGAGCUUUCGAGAACGAGCUCGGCGUGCAGGCGCCGGUGGGCUUCUUCGAUCCCUUUGGGCUGACCAAGGAUGGCGACACGGCGGCCUUCCAACGCCGCCGCGCCACCGAGCUGAAGAACGGCCGGGUGGCGAUGUUGGCCACCAUGGGCUACAUCACCCCGGAGUACGUUCGCUUCCCAGGCUUCUGCUCCCCGAGCGAAGGGGUGAAGUUCGCGGAUGUGCCGAACGGCUUGGCGGCGCUGGGCAAGGUGCCGGCAGGCGGCUGGAUGCAGAUCUUGCUCUUUCUCGGCCUGGUGGAGAAGAGCCUCUACACCUACGACCCCACACGUGCGCCCGGAGACUUCAAGAACGCAGGCGUGCUGGGUGUGCCCAACGGCAGCACCAUGGCCCCCGGGGAGAGCCGCAACCGCAAGCUGAACUCCGAGCUGGCGAACGGGCGCCUGGCCAUGAUGGCCAUCAUGGGCAUGUUCUUCCAGGACGGCCUCACCGGAUCCGCCUGGGGCGACUGGGCCAAUUACGUGGACUCGCCUCUCCGCGCCUUCGAGAACGAGCUGGGCGUGCAGGCGCCCGUGGGCUACUUCGACCCUCUGGGCAUGUCGAAGGAUGGUGACGUCACCGCCUUCAAAAGGCGCCGGGAGAGCGAGCUGAAGAACGGGCGCGUGGCCAUGUUCGCUGCCAUGGGCUUCAUUACCCCGGAGUACUUCCGCUUCCCGGGAUAUUUGUCGCCCGCAAAGGACCUGAAGUUCGCGGACGUGCCCAACGGCCUGGCAGCCCUUGGCAAGGUGCCCUUCACCGGCUGGAUCCAGAUCUUCCUCUUCUGCGGCAUGGUGGACUUCGGCCUCUACAGGGCGGAUGAGUCUCGGGAUCCGGGGGACUAUGCGAACGGCGGCAUCCUGGGCGUGCCCAACGCCAGUGGCCCUAUGGCCGACUCCGAGGGGCGCAAGAGGAAGCUGAACUCCGAGCUGGCGAACGGGCGCUUGGCCAUGAUGGCCAUCACUGGCAUGCUCUUCCAGAAUGGGAUCACCGGCACUACUGGCCCGGCGAUGUGGGGCUUCUGA